UUUGCUUGAUGAAGUGGACAAACUAGAACAGCUAGUGAAUUUUGCUAGAAAGCAAGAUUGGUUUGGCCCUGGAAGUAGAGUCAUCAUAUCAGUUGGAGAUCCAAAUAAAAAUAACAUGAACGUGCUUCAUAUAAACUAUGAAGGAUCUAUCAACAGAGACAAGAACAUAUUUCUAGAUGUUGUCUGUUUUUUUAAGGAGUUGAACAAAGAGAAUGCAAUGAGGAUUAAAAAAUUAUUGUUUGAUGUCCCAGCUGAAAAGGUCCUCGUCGAUGACUUUACCAUCACUAUUGAAGAUAAUGACAAUCUUUUGAUACAUGGACAUAGAAGCUUCAACAUUCUGGAAAUAGAAUAUGAGGUGUCCCCAAAAAAGACCAAGCCCAACAAAGCCACAAUGAAAGUGGAGCCGCUACCAAAUGGUCACCCACCAACGCCAGUCUCCAAUCCUCAAUUAGAAGUGGAAGAUGCUGUUCCCAAAGAAGAUUUUCCACAGCAGGAAAAAAAUAAGGUUCCUCCAUCUCUCAUGGAAAAGCAAGAAAAGUUAGUGCCAAAUGGGAUUUUGAAAGCUCCAAAGGUUGAACUUUUGCCGCAAGAAGAAGUUCACAAUGAAGCAGCAAUGGUGAAACCAGAAAUGGAGCUUCCAGCACAAGCCGAAGAAGAUAACUCAGAAGACACAAAGGACACUUUGCAGGAAAAGAAACAAGAAUUAGGAGACUACUUCAACAUGUCAUUAGAAGAAAUCCAUCAAGCCAAUGCCUUUAACAACAUCGAGAAAAUUGUCAGCACCUUGACUCAUAAUUCUGCUACUUUAUAUGAGAAAGCAAACCUGCAAAAGCUUAUGGAUCGUUUCACAGAGUUCAAAGGGAGUGUUCCUGACUCCGUGACCACUGCAGAGAGAACCCAAGCUCACAGCAUAUCUCUCCUUAUGAAGUCCAUAAUGCUGAAGCAAAGUCUGGCUCAUGUACAAGAACAGCUCCGUUCUUCAGAGGCUGGGCUAUCCAAGAUAUCUAAAGAAAAGGAAGAAUUAGAUAUCCAAAUUCAGAGUUUGAUUUCCAGGAAAGAAAAGCUGAUAGAGCAUAAGAAGUCCACUGAAUUUCAAUUGGAAACGACCAAGAAAACCGUAUCCACUAAUCUGUCAGAACAGAAGAUGAUAGAUGGAGAAAUUGAGCAAGCAUAUGAAAACUGGUUCAAGGCAAAAGAAAAGCUAGUCUUGGCCAACGCAAGCUGGAAAUUGUUCAAAGAAUGUAUCGAGUUAUAA